CAUGUCUGUAGGACACCCCCCCGUCGGGUAUGUUUCCACACGCCAUCAGUCAGCUGAACAUCAAUGAUGAUGAUAGAGUAUCGACUCCUGCUGGAACCAUGCUGUCAUGUUGGUGUAAACGUCAGCCCAGAUGCUGACCUUCUCUAUAGUAGCUUCUUCUACCUUCUUCUACCUCCACCUGUCAAGUGGCAUCCCUGGGAUGACAGUCCAAACACUCCAUUUUCCUCCGCUUAGCCGGGCCGGGUCCGGCUUCUCCUAGGAGAAGGUACCAAACAAUUACUUCCAUGGGGUCCCGGAGUCCUCCUCCUGGAUGCUUCUCCUAGGUCUGCCCCGGGGCCCUCCUCCCGGAUGGGCAUGCCUAUGCCUGCAACACCUCACCGGGGAGGCGUCCAUUCUAGAUACCAAAGGCACCUCAGUGGGCUCCUCUCCAUGGGAAGGAGCAGCUCUCUGCCUUCGCUCCUCACCCUCUCUUAAGGAGAGUCCAGGAACUCAAACACGCUGAGGUAAAUGUUUGUCUAAUAUACUCUUAGAAUAUUCUUAUAAUAUAUAUAUGAGACACAUAGCCCAUAGUAAGACCUGCCCACGCUAUGUUGCUGUGGCUCCGUGACCUGCUGCUUUACUUACACUAAAGGAAGAGUUUUGACCAAUCAGACGUCUUCAUUGUCGCUAUGGAAACAUUCGGUCCAUUCAUGCACAAUAACAUUUAACAAGAGUUUUAAUUUGUCAUUUUAUGAACAAUUUAUUAAUUUAAUUAAAUGUAUUAAACAUGAGACACACUACGUUUGAAUAUUUACCCGACUUUUGGUAAAUUUGCACAAACUACCUGCAUGGAUCAGUAUCUCCAAUACGGCUUGGUUUUGUACGUUACUCCUCCAAUGAGGUUCAAGCCCCGCCUCCGUUCCUGAAAGAGCGACUCUGAAUGGUUAAGAGCGCAUUGGUGUGCUGCAGCACAGCCUCUGACGUCAUCAACAAAUGCCGGAAGUGUUGUGUUGACAUGUGUCUCGCAAGCAGCCUCUAAAUUCCGCUUCAUGUCCACAGAGAAACUUUUCUUUGUGUUUUCGCCUGAACGGCGGCUGGGAAAUGUUUGAGUAGGAAUCCAACUGAGGAGUUUCACCUUUUUUGUGUGCGACUUUAUUAUGAAUCUGCUGAGCUCGGCCAAAGUCAAAAGUCUGCUGUCGGCUGCCCUUCCGCUGCUCGCCCGGCGUGACCGUCCACGCUCUUUGGCCUCCGCGGGAGUUGCUGUGGACAAGAUGGACAAGAUGGACAAGGCAGCCAGGCCCCCCAAGCAGGCCAAGCAGGGCAAGCCGCUCCGGAGGCUGAAGGCCAAGGAGAGCCGCAGCAAGCGGGGAGACCUUCACGGACCUUCCACCGUGUUCGUGCAGGUGGUCGGUGCAGGAAGCAGGGACAACGCCGCGUCGCUUUACGUCUUCUCCGAGUACAACAGGUACUUGUUCAACUGUGGGGAAGGAACGCAGAGACUCAUGCAUGAACACAAACUGAGAGUGUCCCAACUGGACAACAUCUUCCUGACCAGGAUGAGCUGGGAGAACGUGGGCGGCCUGUCCGGGAUGAUCCUGACCUUGAAGGACACGUGUGUCCCUGACUGCGUCCUCUCCGGACCUCCUCAGCUGGAGAGCUACGUGAAGGCCAUCAAGACCUUCUCAGGACCGCUGGACAGCAUCAAACUUUCCGUUCGUCCGUACACCGACGAGACGUACACGGACGACACCAUGAGCGUCUGUCAGGUUCCUAUAUUUGCAGUGACGCCUGAAGGCAGCCGCUCAUCGGGGAAAAGGCCCCCGCCAAGACCCGCCUCCCCCAGCAGCAGAGAGCAAGCAGGAGACCUUCAGCAAGCAACGAGAGAUGCUUCUCUGGUGGUCGCCUUUAUCUGCAAACUUCAUCCCAAGAAAGGAAACUUCCUGGUGGCCGAGGCCAAGGAACUUGGACUUCCUGUCGGCACGGCGGCCAUCGGGCCGCUCAUCACCGCCCUGAAGAGCGGGAAGAGCAUCACGUAUGGCGGCCAAGAGAUCCGCCCAGAGCAGGUGUGCACGCCCACUGACCCCGGACCAGUCUUUGUGGUGGUGGAGUGUCCAUCAGAGGACUUUGUGCAGCCUCUUUGGGACAGUCAGCACAUGGCAAGGUAUCAACACGGGGGGGCCGAGGACCCUCCCGCCCUGGUGGUCCACAUGACUCCGGAGUCGGUGCUGAAGACGGAUCGGUACCAGAAGUGGAUGGGGAGGUUCCCGCCCACGACGGAACACCUGAUCCUCAACGAGCACGCCAGCUCCGCCCACAACAUCCGCAGCCACAAGAUCCAAGCCCAGCUCAACAUGAUCCACCCGAAGAUCUUUCCAGAACUCCGGUCUUGGCGAGCUCAGGAGCCUCAGGCUGAUCUCCGGCCGUCCGACGUGCGAGCCGAAUGUCUUCUCAGGUUCCAGCUGCGACCCGUUGUGGAGUGGCAGAGAGACGCCGUCCCCGCCUGCAACAGUGAGGACUUUGUCAAAGAAGCCUUCCACGUCCCCAACUUCCUGCAGGAAGUGGAGAAAAUCCGCUCCAGCGGCGCUACAGAACCAUCAGGACAAGCGGACUACCCUGAGCUGGUCUUCCUGGGAACAGGAUCCGCUCUGCCAAUGAAGAUCAGGAACGUCAGCGCCACGUUGGUCAACAUCAGCCCGACUCAGUCGCUCCUGUUGGACUGCGGUGAGGGAACCUUCGGUCAGCUCUGCAGACACUACGGCGACGGCGUGGACGAGGUGCUGUCCAAGAUCUCCACCAUCUUCGUGUCACACAUGCACGCCGACCAUCACACGGGCCUCCUCAAGUUGCUGUACCAGAGAGAACGGGCGCUGGUGACUUUAGGGAAGGCGUGGAGUCGUGUCUCCCUGCUGGCGCCUGCAGACAUGAUGAACUGGCUGAGGCAGUACCACCACGGCUGUGAGGAGAUCCUCCACCACAUCAGCUUCAUCUCAAACGACGGGCUCCGCUGGAAAGCCGACGCGCCGAGGACGCAGGCAUCCAUCCAAGCGAUGCUGAAGAACAACAACCUGGAGAAGUUCCAGACAUGCACGGUGCGCCACUGUAAGAACGCCUUCGCCUGCAGCUUCACUCACCAGUCAGGAUGGAAGCUGGUCUUCUCUGGAGACACCAUGCCCUGCGACGCCUUGGUGCACAUGGGGAAGAACGCCACCCUGCUGAUCCACGAGGCCACGCUGGAGGACGGCAUGGAGGAGGAAGCGGUGGAAAAACGCCACAGCACGACGUCUCAGGCGAUCGACGUCGGCAUGAGGAUGGAGGCGGACUUCAUCAUGUUGAACCACUUCAGCCAGCGCUACGCCAAGAUCCCGCUCUUCAGCGAGGACUUCACCGAGCGCGUGGGAAUCUCCUUCGACCACAUGCGGGUUCGUCUCGGAGACUUGAAAGUCCUUCCCGGGCUCGUCCCGGCACUGAAGAGCCUCUUUGCUGAGGAGCUGGAGGAGAUGGAGGAGAGGCGAGAACGAAGAGAGCUGAAACAGCAGCGAGCCGUUGACUCCGACGUCACGGUCGAGAUGAAGGAGGUCCAAAGGGGCCACGGCGCCAAGCGGGACCAGGAGGACGCGGUGACUCUGGAAAGCAAAAGACUGAAACGCCACUGAGGCGUUCCAUCCGCUCUGACUGACUUAUUUUCAGUUAUUUCAUGCAAAAUGGACAUUUGGAUUUGUAUUUAAUUUUAAUGAAGUAGUGUUUUGUUCUCCUUUAAAUAAACUAAAGC